ACGACCCACACUGCCUGCUAUGUGAUCUCUUGGAAAACAUCAUUUCGUGUCUUUCUGUGCUGUCUGAUGAUGCUGAACCCUUAUUUACAUUGUGAUUUAACAGGCGGGGAAAGAUGCCUUCACAACAACCCUGACUCCUUUCUCUUCCUUAUGCUCCCCCCACCCUUCAUCUCGCCUUCCCCUUGACCCUUUCCUGUCUCCCCUCUCCUUUUCCCCUUUCCUGGAAUCCCCUGUUCUCCCUCUCACCUCUCACCCCCAUGACAAUGUUCUCAUGUGUUCACUGGCUUCAGCCUUUCCUUGCCUUGCUUUCCUCUGCCUUAGUCACUUGGGGUCAAAACUGUCCAUCCAGCUGCAUGUGUCCAGAUCAUCACACCGUGGACUGCACCGAUCGAGGGCUCACCCGAUUACCAGACUCCUUCCCUCUGGACACACGAAGGCUCCUUUUGUCCAAUAACUGGAUUCCUGGGAUCCCCUCAGAUUUCUUAGUGCUCUACAGUGAUCUGGUGUACCUGGACUUGCGGAAUAACACUCUGACCAGGCUGGAGCCAGGGACGCUGACCAGCUCCUCCAGGCUUGUCUACUUGGACCUGGGAAGCAACAACUUAACCGAGAUCCCCUCUGGAAUCUUUGGAGAAUCACGCAGCCUGAUCAAGCUUCGUCUGGGUCACAACCCCUUUCUGAGCAUGGUGAGCGAGGGGGCAUUUUCGGGCCUCACUUCUUUACGAGAGCUGGAGAUGGAGAAGAAUGGCCUCUCUGGCCUAGAUGUCAGAGUGCUAAGCCAGCUGCCUUCCUUGAGAGUAAUACGUCUAGAGGGGAACCCUUGGGUGUGCAAUUGUCAUUUUGCCAAAUUGUUUUUCUGGCUGAAUGAAAAUCAACACAAGCUCUCAACUGGACUGGAGGGAAUGGAGUGCUCGCUUCCAGUGGAUGGACGGCAGAUCUCUCUGAACCUGCUUUCUGAGGAGAGCUUCCGGGAAUGUCGGGGAGUAUUGACUCUUAAAGACUAUCUCAUUGUUAUUUUCUCUGGGAUCUGUAUAUCAGUAGCUGCCAUUAUUGCCAGCUUCUUCUUGGCCUCCAUCAUUCACUGCUUCCAGAGACUUAAAUCCAAGAGGACAGAUGAGGAGGAGGGGGACGAGUGAGCUUCAGCUAUUCUUCAGAGACUUGUCCUGGACAGAUUUACUAAUACUGCACCUCAGCUUGGAUGACGGAUGGAGCACCAUGUGUCCAUGUAACAAGUCCCCAGAUUAAUAUAAUGGAGUGAGUAAGGUGAGGCUGAACAAGCCACACUAUGCCCAGUGACUCACAACCUCCGUGAAUGAUGCAAAAUAUCAGAGCACUUUUAUACUUGAAUACAAAUGACUCAACCAAGCCUUAAAAAGUAAACUGUUCUAGUAACAACACUGCAUAAAUAUGUACAAGCUUCCUGUGUUCAGGCUGUUAUAAGUAACUGAGGUACUGAGCAAAAUCAUUCACAGCAUAUUGGCAAGGACUUAAAUCAGCAAGGUAUUGAACAGUUUCUAUUAUUUAUUUAUUUGUUUGUUUUGCUAAUGUAGAAUUGAAUCACACUGAGAACUAGUAAGGUUAAUGAACUUGCACUUUAAGAUAGAUGAUAUAUUGCACAUAAUCCCAGUAAGCCAUAAAGUAGGCUGUCAUAUUGACUCAGGUCACCAAAGAGUUUCCUAGAAAUUAGUAUUUUGUUACUGAUCCUGGGUGGGUGGGGGAUCGAGAUAUGCAUACUAAAGCUCUAAUCACUGAUGUUGUAAAUGAAAUUUACAAAUU